AAACAUGGCGAUGUCCGCGGUGCUCCGAAGUGUCUUCGCAAAAAACUUGUCCGAUUUAGUCCUCCUGCACUCACCUGCAGUGUGUCAAGUGCAGCUGACUCGAGGGACUAAGUCCUGGAGGCUCAUUGAAAAACCAAAACCAGGAAUCAAUGGCAAGGCAUACCGUAGAUUCGUCCACUUCAAGGAUGAGUACACCGUGGAGCCUUUGCAAGUUACCAAUCUCGCGGGGAGGGACCCCAUCACUGGUAGAGUCGUGGCCAAGGGGAUUGGAGGAGGUAUAAAGCACAAAUUCCACUGGAUCCAGUGGAAGCGAGACGGUCCAACAGACGUAGAGGUCCCCCCAAAAGAAGAAAAAGUUCUCGCGAUCCUCGAGGAGGGCUGCAGGACAGCGCACAUAGCUCUAGUGGGUCAUGGCUCUGAGAUAAAAUACUACCUGGCCUCCGAGAACAUGAAGCCAGGCCAGAUAAUCAGGACAUCCCGAGCAAUUCCUCGGAUGCCAGUGCGAGCUUUCGAGGGCGAUGCCUAUCCCCUCGGAGCCCUCCCAGUGGGGACCGUAGUCUACAACAUCGAGAAGUUCCCUGGGAAGGGGGGGACCUUGAUCAAUGCUGCAGGGACAUCAGGCACCAUCAUCCGGAAGGAUGGAGUUGAUCGUGUCGUUGUUCAGAUGCCCAGCAAGAGGCUCUUCAGUCUCCACUACACGUGUCUAGCUUGCGUUGGACGCGUAUCCAAUGUUCUCCAUGGAGACACACCCAUUGGCAGUGCCCAGAGGAACAGAGAGCUGGGGAAUCGACCCAGGAGUGGUCUCUGGCAGAGGAAGACUGGCCGUUUUGGAAGGAAAAUCAAACCACCUCGUCCCAUCAAGUACUACAAUCCUGAUGGCGAGGAAAUCCAUGUCGAAGAAAUGACGCUCACUCAUUCUGCAUUCAAUACUAAUCUUGACUGCAUCAGGAAGCCCUCGGUGCCGAUUAAGAUUAAGAAACAGGAGCUCAGGCCCUGGUAAUUUAAGAGGAGUGUAAGAAUGUUGAGAUUGAAUUGUUUUAUGGUAAUUUCAGUAAAGUACUUUCGAUUGAUA